CCCUGAGGGGCCGGCGGCGCCCGCGGCGCUCCCGGUGCCGGGCUCCGGGUCCGUGGGGGAAGAAAACCCCUUUUAAUUGCCCUGAGCGCCGAGCAGGUGCCCGCGGUCAAGCCCCAGGCGAGCGCUCGGCUCCCCCGGGAUGUGUCAGGUGAAUGGCGGUGCUGCUGUGGAGGUUGGAGGGGGCGAGGGGGCCUUUCCAGAGGGACACGGGGACAGUGCCCAGGCAGAGCCCCGAACCAACCACACACGGUGUGCUAUCCCUGGAAGUGUUCAAGGACGGGCUGGACGGGGCUCGGAGCAACCUGGGAUAGUGGAAGGUUGAUCUUCAAGGAUGAUCUUCAAGGUCCCUUCCAACCCAAACCAUUCUGGGAUUCUACGCUGGCGUGAAAGCCCCUGCUCUGAGCUCAUUUCACUGCACUCUGCUAACAUUGGUGCUGGGGGGAACACCUUCCGUUUUAAUUUCAAAGACUUCUGCUGUUAUUCUCCAUCAAAACUGAAGGGAAUCGUCUUCUUGAGCAUCUGCUCUGUGUGUGACUGUGCAUCGCCAGUGACAGAUCCACGCUGGAUGUAAUUCAGCACAGUGAGCAGUGUCCCACUUGGCCGCCCACACUGGCGUUGGUGUCCUGCUCUCUCACCAGAUCAAACGUGCUGUGAAAAUAUUCUGUCAUCACACCGAGUUAUGGGAAUUCAACAAGUUAUUUUUUAACUCCGAGGCUCCUUAUGAAACGUGUUUGGAUUCGUAUGUGAUAUUCUGGGAGGAGAUGAGUUACACUAUUUACAAGAUGAACUGUCGUGACUUAAAAACCUUGUGAAACGACAUUUUCGUGCUAAAACAUGAUCGGAUGUAGUUUAGAACUACCCAUGGGAGUAAAGAAAAAAAAAAAUCAACAACUGGACUUUAAAGAAGUAAUUUUGCUUUCUGAGUCCUUUACCAUGCACCUGUACACAAACAGCUGAUGAGUUCUUGGCAUCAAAAGCUUCCACUUUGGCCACUAUAAAGGAAACCACAAAAACUCAAGAGUUUGAUAACCCACUGUGAAGUAAGAAGCAAAUAAGAGAGUUCCAAAACCAUUGCCAAUACCUUGGGCUUUGAAAAUUUUAAGCAGUUGAUUUAUUAAUAAAAAAUGCUAUUUUCACAUUAGCUGUACUUUUUUUUUUUCCUUCUGAAUUUUAUAAUCCUUCUAUACCAAUCUACCAUAAAGUAAUUUGUGCAGGGGUUUGACAGAUUCCCAGCUGGUGAUUUUAAUUUGCCACUAGGUAGCCCAAACUGUGGCGAAUUCACUGAUUCAGGUAAGACUAAAAUAAACAAUUACCUUGCACAUUCUUUAAGUUUUUUUAAUAUUUUGACAACCUGAGAAAGCUCACAUUUUUUAUCUUAGUUAAGCAGGAAGAAUGUAAUCAGAAUUUGAAACUCCAGGACGGGUUCUAUAUGUCGUGGAAACAAGAGUGACCCUGCUGUCAUGAGAAGCCUGCUCAUGAGACCACGAAGUUUUCAUGGUGUUGUGCUACUACCAGGGGCAGACAUGAGGCCUUUCUUUGUGGUGUCUCUCCUCUUUGGCCUGACUUUCGGACAAACAGCCUCACUUUGUGCUCCCUCUGAGUACACAAUCCACGUGGAAAAACGGGAAUGUGCCUAUUGCCUGGCCAUCAACACCACCAUCUGCGCCGGAUUCUGCAUGACUCGGGACAGCAAUGGCAAGAAGCUGCUGCUCAAGAGUGCUCUGUCCCAGAACGUGUGCACGUACAAAGAGAUGUCGUACCAGACAGCGCUGAUCCCGGGCUGCCCUCACCACACCGCCCCCUACUACUCCUACCCCGUGGCUUUGAGCUGCAAGUGUGGCAAGUGCAACACUGACUACAGUGACUGUGUCAGGGAGAGGGUCAGGACCAACUACUGCACUAAGCCACAGAAGCUCUGUACCAUGUAAAGCUUCCAGAGGAGUGUGAGUGAGAUGUGCUGCUCUGCUCACCACUAAGCAGAAAUAAAAGCGUGUUUCGUAUUGGGUUUGCAAA